AUGGCAAGAAAAAAGAGAAACAACAGCAAGAAGAUCUUUAGCUUUGGAUUAAAAGCAUCAGAUUUGAGCUUGCAAUCAUCAGAGGCUCAAUCGGGUUCAAGUUUUGAAGAAGAUGAAGAUGGUUAUGAUUCUGAAAUCAUGGGAUCAACAGGUCCAAGAGGUGAAAAAUUGAAGAAAUCUAUGGAGGAGAUACUCAAGUCUGCAAGAUCUCUUGAGGUUACUGAGUCUCAAGCAAAAUCACAGCAGAUAGGUAUCCGAUCUCAUCAGUUGAUUUCAAGAAGUGAAAAUUCUCAACAGAUGAGUUCACAGAUGAGAUCAAGAAAUGAAAAGCUGGAAUCAAGAGGUGAAAAGAUGCCAGAAUCCAUUGAGAUGCUUAGUUCUGCAAAUUCUCCUGUGAUGCAGAUGAAUUCACAGCUGAGAUCAAGAAAUGAAAAGCUAAAGGAAUCUAUUGAUGUUCCCAGGCCUGCAAAUACUCUGGAGGUUCCUAGUUUUCUGACAACUCCUCUUUCGAUCAGAUCUCAUCAGUCUAGUAAGUCUCUGAUCUCUAAUUCUAAUGGAGGUAGCAGCUCUAAUAGUUUUGCUUGGGCUGAUGAUGAAAUCUUGGAGGUUGAAGAUCAUCUUAUGUCUUCAGGUUUAGCUAACAAGAAAAGUUCAGAGCAAUUAAUUUCUAAUCCAAUUGUUAAUUCUUCUUUGACUAAAAUUGAUGGAAAUAAAUCCCUAAGGAAUUCUGUUGAAGGCAAAUCCAUGAUUGAUAGUGAUUUUCCCCCUUUAAAUCCUUCAAAAUCUGGAUUUCCGCCUCUAAAUCCGGAUCAAAAUGAAAAGAAAAGCUGGACUAGUCUCUUUGCUGACAAUAGAAAGGCUGGUAAUGGUAUGAUAUUGGAUUUUGUUCCACCAACUUCUAAAGAAACAAUUAUUUUUGAGGAAGAAGAGUGGAAUGAAGGAAUCCAUAUAUGGGAUUUCUCUCUUAUUGGCCAAGUCCUGGGAAUCAGUGUCAAAUUCAAAGCUAUGGAGAGUUUUGUUAAGAAAGUAUGGACUCCUGUAGCUAAUCCUGAAAUCUUGCUUCUAAAAUCUGGCUUGUUCUUGUUUAAAUUCAAUAGCAAAGAGGAAAUGGAAGAAAUCAUGGACAAUGGUCCUUGGUUCUUUGGAUCAAGACCUCUCCUACUUAAGCAAUGGUCUAAUGAGGAAGAUGUUGAAAAGAGUUUUGAAAACAAAUAUCCUGUAUGGAUCCAAUUGCCAGGUUUGAGACUAAAUCUGUGGAAUGCUAAAAGUCUUAGUAAAAUUUCUAGUGUUAUUGGCAAGCCAAUCACAACAGAUAAAUUGACAGCUAAUAGGCAAAGAUUAGCCUAUGCAAGGGGGCCAAAUGGAAAAUUGAUUAAGCAAUUGGUAUACUAUGAGCUAAAGCCUAAAUGGUGUGAAAUAUGCAAGCAGAUUGGGCAUGAUACAAAGAAUUGCAAGAGGCAAAUUAAUACACAAAGAUGGGUUCCAAAAAAGGCUCCUGCAGUAAAUGUUUCUGCUCAGAAUGUUACUGUCAGUGCCCAACAACCUGUUCUACAAAAUCAACAGAAGCCUGAUCAAGAUGAAACAGUCAAGGUCGUAGUGAAUACCUUAGAUGGAGAAAACUCUGUGCAAAAUGUUCAUAUUAAUCAAAAGGAUAUGUAUGAUACACUGAACAUAGAAAAAUUUUCAGCUGGAAAAGACACUGUGCAUGUUGUGCACGUUUUACAGUCUGAUUCUGGAGUUAAUGCACAUACUGGAAAUCCUUGGCUGAAAAAAGCAAAUGGGAAAAGGAACUCAUUCUCCCCUUUGGCUGGAAUGAUGGGAUUAAACAAGUCCCCUAAACAACAUCUGGUCAGGCAACAUAUUGUACAGAAUCACCUCUCUUUCAUUGCAUUACUUGAAACAAAAAUCAAUAAGGUAAAUUUACCAGCUAUCACAAAAAAAAUUGCCAUCAAUUGGAAAUGGAUAUCUAAUGUGACAGACACAGACAAGGCCAGAAUUCUGAUAUUAUGGGAUCCUGAUAUAUGGAAUAUCCAAGUUGACUUUACUUCUUCUCAGCAUAUUACUUGUUCUGUCAAUUCUAUAGAUGGAAGGAUAAACUGCAUUAUCUCUUCAAUCUAUGGCCUCAACCAUCAGGAAUCUAGGAAAAUCCUAUGGACAGAUCUCCUUCAAAUGCAUCAAAAAGCUGGAAACACCCCAUGGCUUCUUUGUGGGGACUUCAACACAAUGAUCAAUGCUGAUGAAAAAAUAGGAGGAAUAGCUCUUACUGAUGCAGAUACUCAUGAUUUCAAUUCUUUCAUUGAUAAUAGUAAUCUCCUGCACCUAAAAACUCUGGGCUGUUUCUUUACCUGGAGCAACAAACAAGAUCAAAACUCUAGAAUCUGGUGCAGACUUGACAGGGCACUUGUAAAUGAAUCAUGGAUUGACAAAUAUAACUCUAGUCAUGUGGAAUAUCUUCUGCCAACCUCCUCAGAUCACUCCCCAGCUUUGAUCAAAAUUUAUGAAGAGGAAAAGCAAGGGAAAAAACCUUUUAAGUUCUUUAAUAUGUGGACUAAGCACAUCAGCUAUCUACACACAGUUAACUCUAUAUGGCAACUGAAGGUAAAAGGCUACACUAUGUUUUCAGUUGUUACAAAGCUUAAGCUUUUGAGAGGUGCUCUUAAGGAUUUGAACAGAAAACAUUUUGGCAACAUCAGUGAAAAAGUCCAAAGAGCAAAGUAUACACUAGAAGAUGUUCAAAAAAAGCUACAGGAGGAUCCCUUCAAUCAAAUGUUCAUUAGUCAAGAAAAGAAUUGCCUAUCUGAAUAUAAUAAGCUAUUAAAUUGUGAGCUAUCCUUCUAUCAGCAAAAAGCAAGGAUCCAUUGGAGCAUAAAGGGGGAUAGAUGUACAAGUUAUUUUCACUCCAUCAUUAAAAGCAAUAGACAUCUGAACAGAGUAUCUGUACUAAAUAAUAGCAUGGGAGAAAGACUUACUGAGGGAGGGCAAAUCAUUAAUGAGUUCAUUUCUUAUUAUAGGAAUCUGAUGGGUACUUCAGUUCCUUCAUCCUCUCCAGACAUUAGAAUUAUUCAGAAUGGGCCCUGUCUAACUGAAAAUCAUGUCAAAAAUCUGUCAGCUCCAGUCACUAAAGAAGAAAUCAAAAAAGUAGUAUUUUCCAUGGCUGAUAACAAGUCCCCUGGUCCAGAUGGUUAUGGUGCAUCUUUCUUCAAGUAUGCAUGGUCAAUUAUAGGAGAUGAAGUUACUCUUGCUAUUGAAGAAUUCUUCAGUUCAGGUAAAUUGCUUGGGACUAUAAAUUCUACUGCUAUCACUCUUAUCCCAAAGAAGCAAUGUCCAAGCACACCCUCUGACUUUGGGACUAUAAAUUCUACUGCUAUCACUCUUAUCCCAAAGAAGCAAUGUCCAAGCACACCCUCUGACUUUAGACCAAUAUCCUGCUGCAACUUUCUAUACAAAAUCAUAUCUAAAAUCCUAGCUAACAGGAUUCAAGCAGUCAUGGGGCAUCUUAUAAGUGAAGCCCAAAGUGCUUUCAUUAAGGGUAGGUAUAUUACAAAUAAUAUCUUACUAGCUCAUGAUCUGGUAAAACAAUAUAGCAGGAAGCAUAUCUCCCCAAGAACUAUGAUCAACAUUGAUAUUAGAAAGGCAUUUGAUACAAUAAGUUGGGAUUUCAUAAAAGAAAUGCUUCAGGGUCUGGGGUUUCCAGAAAUGCUGACAAACAGGAUUAUGACAUGCAUAUCAUCUACUAAAUUCUCUAUCUCUCUCAAUGGUUCCCUUCAUGGCUACUUUAAAGGUGCAAGAGGCUUACGACAAGGAGACCCUCUAUCCCCAUAUUUGUUUAUUUUGGGUAUGGAAUAUCUCACAAGAAGUCUUGAUCUCCUGAAGCUAGAUUCUGAUUUCAAAUUUCAUCCAAAGUGCAAGAGGCUAAAUAUUUCUCACCUAAUUUUCGCUGAUGAUCUGCUAUUAUUCUGCAAAGGGGAUCUCACUUCUGUCCAAAAACUUCAUCAGUGUGUCAGCAAAUUUAGUCAAGUCUCGGGGUUGGAGGCUAACCCUAGCAAGAGUGCUAUCUUCUAUGGUGGAGUGAAUGAGUCUGUGAAGAAAGACAUUCAAGAUUAUUUGGGGUUCACUGAAGGGAAAAUGCCAAUAAAAUACUUAGGUGUUCCCCUAGUGUGUAAGAGGCUAAACUACAUGGAUUGCAAUCCUCUUCUCAGCAAAAUUUCAAGCCAAUUCCAAAAUUGCUUGAAAAUUAGAAAUCUAUCCUAUGCGGGUAGAUUACAGGUGAUAAAGAGUGUGAUACUUGGUAUGCAAAUAUACUGGACCUCUAGCUACAUUUUACCAAUUAAAGUUCUUCACAAAAUAGAUGAGCUUAGCAGAAAAUUCCUUUGGGGGGAAAAUGAUCAUUCAUCCAAAACUUCUCUGGUUUCAUGGAACACAGUUUGUACAAGUAAAAUGUAUGGAGGAUUGGGAAUUUUCUCUUCUAUUAUCUGGAAUAUGGCAGCAGAACUAAAGAUUAUAUGGGAUAUUCACACAAAUAAAGAGCUCCUAUGGAUUAAAUGGAUUCAUGGAAAUUAUCUAAAAUCCAGGAAUAUAUGGCAAGUGGGAAUGAAAGUUGGUGAUUCCUGGACAUGGAAACAACUGUUAAAAACCAGAGAUAAGGCUAUAGCCUCCUGUGGUGGUUUGGAUAAUCUUAAGAACAUUAUCAGGUCCUGUCAUAGCUGCUCAAAAAUCAAAAUUUCUGACCUGUACCAUGCUCUUUCCCCUGCUACAAACACUGCAUAUAAAGUUCCAUGGAGUAUCACCAUAUGGGGAGGUUUUAACUACCCAAAACAUUCUUUCAUCUCAUGGUUGGCUGCUCAAGAUAGGCUCCUAACCAAGGACAAAUUGCUGAGGAGAGGUAUAAUACAAUCUAAUCAGUGCUGUUUAUGUUCAGGAUCCGAACCUGAAAGUAGAAGCCACCUGUUUUUUGAUUGCUCCUAUUCCAAGGAUGUAUGGAAUGGAAUCAUGGAUUGGCUCAACUUUAGGUGGAGAAGCUGUGAUUGGAACCAUCUACUGAAUUGGUUCAACUCAAAUUUGCGAAGUAAAGGAUUCAAGCAUAAAGUAAAAAGAUUGGCUCUUACCUCCUCAAUAUACAACAUUUGGAUUGAACGAAAUUGCAGAAUCUUCAAUCAGAGAGGUAGGGAAGCUGAGCCUCUUCUCAAAAGGAUCAAAAUUGAUGUGAUGACCAUAGUUCUAAACAGUGAGGUUGCUGCUGAAGACAGAGAAUGGUUAUUAUCAAUGAAAUAG